AUGUCUAACCACGACUUGCCCUUUCAGGCAGAAUAUGCUAAAAGUGGCAGAGCAUCCUGUAAAGCUUGCAAAAGUGCAAUUGCCGAGCGUACAUUGAGACUGGCCAUCAUGACGCAGUCACCACAUUUUGAUGGAAAAGUACCCAACUGGUUCCAUUUCCCAUGUUUUUGGAAAAGAGCUAAAUGUAAGAACCCUGAUGACAUCUAUAGUUAUCACAGCCUGCGCUGGGAGGACCAGGAGAAAAUCAAGGAGAAGAUUGGAGGAGGUGGUCGUAAUGCAGAUGAGGGUGAAGGAUCCAGUGCUGGUAGUUUAGAUUUUAGCGCUGAAUAUGCCAAGUCAGGGCGCAGUCAGUGCCGUGGUUGUCAGACGUUCAUUGCUAAAGACAGCCUCCGACUGAGCAAGAAAGAGUUUGAGUCCCAGAGAGCUGUGAUGCAUGGGCCACAGGAUUUGUGGCAUCAUGUAGAUUGUUUUGUGAGCAACAGAGACGAGCUUGGCUUUACUGUCGAAAUGGAUCCUUCACAAAUUAAAGGCUUUGGUAAGCUGAAACCAGAAGACAAAGAGUUAAUCAUAUCCAAGCUGGGCAAGGGAAAGCGGUCCAGCAAGAGGAAAGGUGACACUAAACAACAAGCAGAGAAGGCAAAGAAGGCAAAGAAAGAGGACAAUGAAGAUGAGAAGCUUCUUCGU